UCCCUGUCUCUAUUAAAAACAAAAUUCUUUUGAAAAUUUAAAAAUUACUUUUUUUAAAAAAGGGUGAUCAGAGGAGGCAGGAUUGAAGAAACCACCUCAGAUAACCCUCUAGUUCCAACCUGCCCUACCUCUUUUGACAGAUGGAGAAGUGAGAUCCAAGAGGGGACUGGGGACAGAUGGAGGUCAUGGAGUGUAAUUUGCAAGGCCUUCAGCAGGGUGGGGCUACUUUAGAUACUGUUGGUCAGGGCCCUCUGCUCUCAGGAGGACAAUGGAGCCCCGACCUGAAUAACAAUGCAGAAUUCCAAGAGAUCAGCAUCUGAAAUCAGCAUCUGGGCUGGGGACAGCUGGGGGAGAACAGAUUCUGGCCCUGACCUCAGGGGGCUUGCAUUGGGUGGGGGAGAGGACAGUCCACAAGCAGUUCUAUACUGCCAUGCGGUCGGUGCCAGGAAGGAAAGAAUACUCAUCAGGGAUUGAGGGUGGGGCAGGGUGUUGAUGCCACUUCAAACAGUGAGCAGAGAGAACUGCUUAGGGGAGGGAAGUUCAAGGAGGCGGAGUGGAGGCAGGUGAACUGCUUGGCUAUUUGGUUUUAAUGGCGACUUCUGGUCUAGGAACAGAGUUGAUGUGUAUGAUUACAGUCCUUCUCUGCUCAAAACCCUCCCAAGGCUCCAGUCUCAGGAAAACCAAAAGACCUUAAAGCGAUCAAAAGAUUGCUUGGAUCUGCCCCCAUUUUUUCACUGAACUCAAUUCCCAACCCGUAUUGCCUCUCCCUUUCCUUGUAAUUCCUCAAUGCCCAGGUCCACUGGCUGGCUUCCUUCCCUCCAACCUCAGAUCCACCAUGCCCUUUCCCAGCACAGGGGAGAAAAUUGAAUCCCUCAACCCCAGUAACCCUCUCCGCCUUUCCAGCUUUCUUUUGCUCCAUGGCACUGGUCAUCAUCAAAGGCCAUCUAUAUUUUACAUAAUUAUGUCUAUAGUGUCUUCCCCCACCGUCUAAACUCCGUGCAGGCAAACGUCUGUUUGUUCCCUCCUGUAUUCCCAGUGCUUCAAACAGAGUCUGGCGCACAGGAGGCACUCAGUGAAUGCUUGCAAAAUGAAUUUUUAUUGUAAUGCAUUAAAUGAAAUAGCCCAGAUUACUAUUAAGCACCUAAUAACAAACGUGACCGACUAUUUUCUCCCUUGGGGGUGUGUGUGGGCAUCCCGUGUCUCAGUUUCACCCGCCCUAAAAUGGGAUCAGGGAUAGCUGUUUCAAUGCCUUGUGGGAAUUCGGUGUGAUUAAAUUUGGUCACUAAGCCAAGCGCAGGGGGCACUGCCUAGAUUGAGUUAGGCCGCCGGCAGGGCCCCAGCUGCGCGGCUCGGUCCCCUCCCAUCAGGCCCCGCCCUGGUAGGCGGAGCCACGGGCCCGGCCAGCACGUGUAAGAGUUCGCAGCGGGUCGCCGCAGUCACUCACCUGAGCGCGCACGGUCCGCGCGUCCUCCGUUCUUGCGUCCUCCGCCCUCCCGCCGGCCCGUCCGCUCGCCCGCUCGCCCGGCCCGCGACUCAUGUCCCGCCGCAAGGCCGGCAGCGCGCCCCGCCGAGUAGAGCCCGCGCCCGCAGCCAACCCAGACGACGAGAUGGAAAUGCAGGACCUCGUCAUCGAACUCAAGCCCGAGCCAGACGCGCGGUCCCAACAGGCCCCAAGACUGGGGUCCUUCUCCCCGAAGGAGGUGUCCUCGGAGGGGCGGUUCGGCGGCGAACCCCACCACUCCUCUGGCCCCAUGCCCGCCGGGGCCGCCCUUCUCGCCCUCGGCGCGCGGAACCCGUGGACUCUGUGGCCACCGCUGACCCCGAACCUUCCCGACCGCCAGCCCUGGACCGACAAACACCCAGAUCUGUUGACCUGCGGCCGCUGCCUGCAGACCUUCCCGUUGGAGGCCAUCACUGCCUUCAUGGACCACAAGAAGCUGGGCUGUCAGCUCUUCAGAGGCCCCAGCCGCGGCCAGGGCUCAGAACGAGAGGAGCUAAAGGCCUUGAGCUGCCUGCGCUGUGGCAGACAGUUCACAGUGGCCUGGAAGCUGCUGCGUCACGCCCAGUGGGACCAUGGACUGUCCAUCUACCAGACAGAAUCAGAGGCCCCAGAGGCCCCGCUCCUGGGCCUGGCCGAGGUGGCUGCAGCCGUGUCGGCAGUGGUGGGGCCAGCAGCUGAGGCCAAGAGUCCCCGUGCAAGUGGCAGCAGCCUCACCCGGCGGAGCCCCACCUGUCCCGUGUGCAAGAAGACCCUCAGCUCCUUCAGCAACCUCAAGGUGCACAUGCGCUCACACACAGGCGAGCGGCCCUAUGCAUGCGACCAGUGUCCCUAUGCCUGCGCCCAAAGCAGCAAGCUCAACCGCCACAAGAAGACCCACCGGCAGGUGCCGCCCCAGAGUCCCAUCAUGGCCGACACCAGCCAGGAGCAGGCCUCUGCGGCCCCUCCGGAGCCGGCUGCCCAUGCCGCUGCCCCCGCCAGCACCCUCCCAUGCAGCGGUGGUGAGGGGGCUGGAGCCGCCGCCACAGCAGGUGUCCAAGAACCCGGGGCUCCUGGCAGUGGGGCUCAAGCCGGCCCUGGUGGAGACACUUGGGGAGCCAUCACCGCAGAACAGAGAACUGACCCUGUAAACAGCCAGAAGGCAUCACCCAAAAAGAUGCCCAAGUCAGGGGGCAAGAGCCGUGGGCCCGGGGGCAGCUGCGAGUUCUGUGGAAAGCAUUUUACCAACAGCAGCAACCUGACAGUGCAUCGGCGCUCACACACCGGGGAGCGCCCCUACACCUGUGAGCUCUGCAACUACGCCUGCGCCCAGAGCAGCAAGCUCAACCGCCACCGCCGCAUGCACGGCAUGACGCCUGGCAGCACCCGCUUCGAGUGCCCUCACUGCCAUGUGCCCUUCGGCCUGCGAGCCACCCUGGACAAACACCUCCGGCAGAAGCACCCUGAGGUGGCCGGGGAGGCCUGAGCCCAGGAAAGGCCGCCACUGUGCCUGGCACCGCCACCAACACCUGUUGACCUCCUCGUUUUUGCCCCCUUUUCCAAGUAAAUUUCUCCUUUUAUUUA